AUGGCCGACGAAAUAGACUACUAUAGUGAUCAAAUUGAUGAGGAAACAGAAGCCAGGUUCUAUGAAAUGUCAUAUUACGGAACUAGUUCUCUUGGAAAUUCAACUGUGGAUAUGGAAAAGGUCGACAAUUGUUCUCAUCAACGAAUAAACGCGUCAGCAAAAGCGGAUGAUAAGUGGGAUCCUACUCCAUCAGAAGCAUUGGAUUUAUUAUCUAAUUUGCAAAUCGAAGGAUCUAGCGAAUCUUCAAGCGACUCAAAUCUCUCUCAGUCGGUUGUUUCUACGUCAAGUUGUCUGUCCUAUCUUGCUGAUAUUUUGAAGGACAAAGACCGCUAUCAGACAGAUUUGGAAGCUCUCUACUUAUUGAUAACCGGAAACUAUCCUCAUUGCGUGUUAGAGAGGGCUGAAAAGCGUGAGCAAGAGUACAAAAACAAUUGUUCCUCAUCUCGUCCUAACAGUUACUAUUCCGCCGCAACUGAUGAUGAUGAUGAUUCUCAUAAAGAUACAUAUGGCGAAAAUGCUAAAACUGAUAUGAUUCUUGGUAUCUCAAAUACAUUGAGCCAGAAUAACAGCCAGAGCGUUGCUAUGCCCAGUCGUCUUGACAAUCUCCCUUCAGAUCCAAAAUUUUGGUCAAUAGAACACGAUGAUAUUUAUCCACCCGAUGAAUAUACCGGUAUUAUUAAUCGUAAAUGUUGUAUAUGUGGCCUCAAAGGUCAUAGUGGCUGGGACUGUAAAAGGAGAGGUACGUUUUGUAUCAUCUGUACGAGACAGGGACAUCACGGUUCAAGAUGUAGCUACAGGGUUUGUCCGGUUUGCUUAAACUCUGGGCAUGAUAAUAAAUGCCCCGACAAAGAGAAGGUCAAUAGUAUCGUCUGCUCCAGAUGCAAGCAAAGGGGACAUGUGGAAGAUCGGUGUCCAGAGAUCUGGAGACAAUAUCGCUUUACAACUAAACCCGGCCCUCCAGUCAAGUUCGAACAACCGGAACCCCAUGUGAUAAGUUGCUUUAAUUGCGGCAGAAUUGGUCACCUCGGCCAUGAGUGCGACAGACCCUCAGUCUAUGGCCAAUUCCUCCUCAAUCAAGGUGUCACCCAAUUCGAUGAGGAGGACGUCUAUGCUGAGGCAUCAUCCGAAGAAGAAUCAUCCGAAGAAGAAUCAUCCGAAGAAGAAGACGAAGAAGAAGAGGAAAAAGAAGAACUAAAAUAUGAAGUUGUGGAAAAACAAUCAUCCAGUGAUAGUUCAGUGGACAGGGCCUUUGAUGAACCCCUAUAUGUUUCUUUCUCCUCUGGACCAUUGAAUUCUCCUCCGAAAGGGGACCAAUUGUUACUAGAUACUUCAAAAGACGACUCUCAAAAUAGGCAUGUUCAUUUACCUUACAAAUUUAAUCUGGAACAAAGUAAUGUUGAUGAAUAUGACAGGCGACGUUAUCCUCGCUACAACUCAAAUUAUACUCCAAAUCGAAAUAGACGACGAGAUUCGAGGGAUCACUCUCCUCCUUCUUUCUCUCGCCGCGAUUUCAGAAAUUCUGGCUGGAAGAAGGGAAGGGGCAAGUGGCGUGUUGAUGAUAAGCCCCACCAAAACGGUCGAUCCAAUCUUUUCAUUUCUAACGGCUUUACUCCGAAAAAUAAUAAGCGUGAUGACGCCUACGCGGUUGAUAAUGUGGGAUUUCGAGGCAAAUCUCCUAGGAAUCCGUCGUUCAAUGGAUCUCGGGGUAAUCAUAAUCGUCAAAUGAAAAGAUCUACUGGGUUUCUUGAUAUCGUACCUCUGAUUAAUUUGUCCUUGAAAUUUUCAGUAGAUUUGGAUGUCAAAUUUACUACUUUACCUCAGUGUGCCAUGGCUAACCUUCUUUCCUUGUAUAUAGAGAACGUUCUUACGAUACUCGGAACCAUAAAAGAAAUCGAGGAAAAUCUCCUAGAAAUUCUUGGUCACAAUCUUCUCGUUUUCAUCGCCCUCCUCGACGCGGGUAUCAACAAGAUCGUAGGAAAGCUUCUAACGCACAGGGAAAGCAAGGAAAAACCGAACUUUGAGAAUUUCAGUGGUGGAAUGGAGACUUCUAAGCCUUUCCAGUUUGGGGGAGGGGGCAUGUUGCGUCUCCUCUGCCUUCCUCUUCUUUCCGCCCUUUCAACCUUCUUCUCAUUCUUGGUCACCUCAUUCCGGAAAGGAACUUGCUUCCUCUAA